GAAGAGAGGGACACUUUACAGUGUUUAAUGAAAGCCUCACAAGAAGAUGACCUUCAGACAAACCAGCAGCCAUUGUAUCUUCUAGGGGAAGGGCAUUUCAGACAAAGGGAACAGCAAGUACAAAGGCAAGAGCACAAUAAAAGGUUUGGCCCAUUUUAGGAAGCGAAAGGAGACUGGUGUCCGCAGAACGCGUUUAGCCUUGGGAACAGUUCCAUCUCAGGCUGAGACUUAGAUGCCAGAUUUAGGUGCAGCGUGGGACUAAGGGAAGGCUUUCUCCAAAUUCAGCGCAUCAUUCCAGGUUCACUUCUCCCUUUUGAUCUGUGAGCAGCACUGAAGAGUGUCUGAGGGUUCUGGAGGAUACCAACUAAUUUGAAGUUUUUAAGCCGACAGAAAUCCUUCCAGUUAUGAAUUUCCUCUUAGGCAGGCGUAAGUAAAGGUUGGCCACAACAAAGAUGGCGGCAGCGGCUUCACACGGCAAUGGCGACGCCGACGCCGUUCGUCAACGAGCGUGGUAAUAUCAUUUAGUUCCGGCCUGCCAGCUUAACGUCACUUCCGGCCCCCGCCAGUGGCGUGCGCGCCUCUCUGGCCGCUUUGCGCGUGGGAGUGCGGAAGGAGGUGAGCGUACUACGAGCAGAGCGAGGGUUGCGGCGGGAAUCCCGGAGGAUGCGGGGCCAGCAACAUGGAAAGGGCAGGCGGGAAGCCCGCGGUUGUUGUCGCAGUUGUGACUGAACCUCGAUUUACGCAGCGAUACAGGCAGUAUCUCGAGAAGGAGAAACUCCUGGAUAGACAGCACCGUGUGGAAAAGAUGCUGGAUGGCACCGUGGCGCUACCGGUGCUGGGAGAGGCCCUCCCUGAGCAAAACCUGCGGGAGCUGAGGAAUCGUGUGGCCCCAGGCAGCACCUGUGUGCUCACGCAGCUCCUGAAUCCCGUUCCUUCAAAGAAGGCCCAGGGUUGUUCACCUGCGCAAAGGCUGUGUCUUGAGGUGAGUCGCUGGGUAGAGGGCCGCGGAGUGACGUGGUCAGCUGAGUUGGAGGCUGAUCUGCCCCGAUCUUGGCAGCGGCACGGUGACCUCUUGUUGCUGAGUGAGGACUGUUUCCAGGCCAAGCAGUGGAGAAAUCUGGAACCAGGAUUCUGGGAGACUGUUGCCUCGGCACUUGGUGUCCAGCGUUUGGCCAAACGAGGGCGGGUGUCACCGGAUGGCACUCGAACUCCAGCAGUGAGUCUGCUGCUGGGCGACCAUGGCUGGGUAGAACAUGUGGAUAAUGGGAUCCGAUAUAAGUUUGACGUGACCCAGUGUAUGUUCUCAUUCGGAAACAUCACUGAGAAGCUUCGUGUGGCGUCGCUGCCCUGUGCUGGAGAAGUGCUGGUGGACCUCUAUGCAGGGAUUGGUUACUUUACCUUGCCUUUCCUAGUUCAUGCUGGUGCUGCCUUCGUCCAUGCCUGUGAAUGGAACCCGCAUGCUGUAGUUGCUCUUAGAAAUAACCUUGAACUCAACGGAGUAGCUGAUAGAUGCCAAAUACACUUUGGGGAUAACAGAAAACUGAAGCUCUCAAACAUCGCGGACAGGGUGAACCUGGGGCUGAUUCCCAGCUCUGAAGAAGGCUGGCCCAUUGCCUGCCAAGUGCUAAGACAGGAUGCUGGAGGCAUUUUGCAUAUUCACCAAAAUGUGGAAUCUUUCCCAAGGAAGACUCUGCAGCCUCCUGGAAGCAGUGAAAUGGAAAAGGAGUACUGGCCUUCUCCUCAGCAAAUUAUCACCAACCAGUUGAAAAAUGGAGCUAUCAGUCAUUCUAGGAGAAAAAUGCUGUCUGCUGCCACCAAGCCAGAGUGGCAAAGGUGGGCGGAAGCUGCAGAAACUCGAAUUGCCACUCUUCUUCAGCAGGUGCACGGGAAACCGUGGAAGACUCGAAUCCUGCACAUCCAACCGGUGAAAUCCUAUGCUCCCCACGUGGAUCACAUAGUCCUGGAUCUGGAAUGCCGCCCCUGUGCUCUAGUUGCCUAGAAAAAGUGGAUCCUGAGACAGGAGGAUCUAUGUGAGAGUGACCCUUAAAGCAUCAGCUCAGGCCGGGGUCUCACCACUCUUGUCUCUUGUUUUCUCCAAGCACAUGCUGGAUGGCCUGACCCAGAAGAGACAUCUAAUGGAACCCAGGAGAAAAGACUGAAGGGGUCAGAGGGUCAUGGAGUCCUUACAGAUUCAAUCCAGGAAUUUGUAAAAGCUCUAAACGCUUCAUUUGUGGGCAUCAGUGUUAGUUGCUGAUUAAUGCACCCACUUGAUGGAGAAGUUGUGAUUAAAAAACAAUAAUAAUUUAUCAAACUCUCUCAAGUGUGAGCUGCUUUAUUCAUUAACUCCAUAAUUGUAAUAAAUUAUAUGCAUGUAUUAAUACACGAGUAUAAUGUAUACAUUGAAAAUGCACAGAGAAAUUUAAAAUGAUGAGAAACCAAAUAUAUAGCAGAAGCAUUUUUAAUUCAGUUUCUCCCACCCUGGGCACACGUGUGAGAAGAAACCCAAUAUAUGUCCUUCUGAACAGCCUCAGGGGGCAGCCACUUCACAUGGGCAAGCCAUAAAACUAGUCAUUUUCAAACUAAACUAUUAUUUUAAAUGAUUAAAACUUUUCAUAUUUCUAAAAACAUUUUUGAGUUUUGUUCUGGAAUAUAGUUGUUACUUGGAAACAGUUUGCUCUUUUUGAGUCUUGCUUUUAAGCAUUUAUUAGAGCAGCAUUUAGUCUAGGAUUAAUUUUUUUUCUAUCACAGAAGCAAGACUUUUCUUAGUUCUCUAACUGAUGCCUUGUGAAUUAUGAGAUUUUCCACUCUUGCUGGUAGGAACAGGAAUUACCCACCACUCUGUGUGGUGUGAACUCUGAGUAUUGUUUCCUAUAAUCCUUUCAGAUGGGUCUUUUGUUGGCCUUUGGUAGUUUCCUAUCAUGUGGGCUGAUCAUUACUCAGCUGAAAACUUGAAGGGAAUGGUCAGCAGAUCUCUGGAGUUCCCUGUGUGUGUGGCUGUCUCCUCUCUGGCAUUCUACCCUGUGAACUCUGGUUACUUGGGGUCCCGGCACUCCCAGUCCCAUCUCCUCACCUCAGGAAGUCUGUUGGCCUCGCCUCCCUCCUUGUGCUACAGCCUGGGAAACUUCUCCAGGCUGUAAGUUGGAGCCGUUGUAUGGCUCACCUUGUUUCUUUUCCAUCUCUCAUGGACCGUUGCCCUUCAUUGCCUAUGUCCAGUGCCUUGAGGGCCAUUAUUUCAUACAUUUUGUCUAGUUUUUCUUUUUUAUAACUAUUUAGAAGUUUAUAAUGGUAUGUAUGUAAAUGUCCUAGCUUUCACAAUCAUUAUUAUUGAAGAAAUUCACUCUAACAAUAAUAUACAUACUUUCAGUUGACACAGUUUCAACAUGUAAAGCACAUAAGAAUUUCUUGCUGCAAUUGUUCAGAAUGCUCACCUGUAUUAUAAAAUGAACAUUAGAAUGUUAGCAAUAAUAUCUGAUUAGAUAUGAUAACUUCCAAGAUUUCUUGACCAACAAUCACACACAAUUUCAGAGAGGCCAGAAACAGUGACAAAAUAGGUAUUUGUCUCUUUGGGUUUUUAAAGAUCAAGGUUGAAUCAAAGGUAAGUAGAAAAUAUUGAAUAUGAGGCUAAAACUGAAUUUUGGUAAGUAGAUAGAUUAGACGGAUAAACUGUUCUAGUUUCUCUACCCCCCUACUUUUUUUUAGUAAUUGAAUUUUAUUUUAAAAUCAAAGCUAUACAUACUCAUAGUUUCAAAACUCAAAAGUGGCAAAACUUUAUGAAAAAAAAAAGAAGUUCUGCAACACCAUGAUGAAGCAGCUGUCCUGUAGCUCCUUUCCCUUCACUUUGUGUGUCUUACUUUCAAAUGGGCCCGUGUGCCAAAGAAGAUGCAGGACCUAACCUACGUGUACCAGCAGGAGCCAUGAGAGUCUGUGGAACUGGGUCCUGAGGGUGUGGGAGCAAAGCAGUUUGCAUUCAUAUAGGUCAGAGAACAGUACUUGCCCACCUUCUAUUAUAAUAUAGUCUGAAGAGAUCUAGACCAUCUGAACCUUCCACGGAAUGUCACACUGACCUGUUACAUUCAUGACAUCAUUACUACUUGGGCCAGGUAAACAAUAAGUAGCUAGCAUAUUGUACUCCCAAGGAUAGGAAAUAUGACUAAUAAGAACCAGCAACCUUUUACAUCAGUGAAAUUUUUAGGGUCCAGUGGUCUGCUUGAAUGUCUGUUUCACAGUAAAAAAACGAAUUUUUACAUCUCACUCAUUUUAUCAAUAUUCUGCCACUAAGGAUGCAUAUCAGGCUCCACGCUUCUUUGUGGAAUACUGCUCUGGCUCAUAUAUUGGGUGACUGGAAAGCUGCCAGUUUUCACUGGGAUCCAGAGCACAUAAAGGCUCUGUAGCAGGUACAGGCUGCAGUGUAAUUAGCCUUAUUGCCUGGGCCAUUCAAUACAGGAGAUUCUAUGGGACAAGAGUAUCUGAUAAGCAAAGCAGCCAUGGGAGUUUAUGGCAAGCUCCAAUUGGAAUAUCACAAGGUAGAUUUCUAAGUUCUGUAGCAAGGCCAAGGCAUCUGCAGUGGAGAACCACAUGUCACUCAAAAAUGGCUCCUUGCAUGCUGAUGGGCCUUGGUAGAAACUGAGCAUCUCACAGGACAUCAAGUGACCUUGUAGCCCGAGUUGUCCACCAUGAGCUAAGUUUUGUCAGACCCACCAAGUCAAUCCAUCAUAAAGUGGAAGUGGUACACUUGGGGUCUGUGACAAGUAGGGCAAGGGGAAAGGAAUAGGUGCACAGGCAGGUGGCCCAGACUCCCAUGUUAUACUUACAACUCUUGCACCAAGGUCCCUCCCUCAACUCACAACUGUGGCUGCUUGAGAAGCUCUUUUGUCUAGCUGAUGGAGGACAAAAAAGCCCAAGCUAAGUUCACUGAUGGGUUUAUUGGAAUAUGAGUUCAAAACAAAAAACAGACUUAAUCCUGCUCUACAGCCCAAAUCAGGAGUGGUGUUAAGACAGGGGGAUUCUCCAGAAAGGCAGAAUUUGGGGCAGUAUUCCUGGUCAUCCACUUUGUGUGGAAAGAGAAGUAGCUUGAAGUAAGAAUACAUGUUUUUGGCAAGUAGCAAAUAAGUUGGCUAGAUGAUCAGGGACCUGGAACAAAAAAGAUUAGAAGACUGGGAACAAGGAAGCCUGGAGAAGAAGCAGUGGGGAAAUCUAUGGGAUUGGGCACGUGAGUAAAGACCUUUGUAUUGUAUAACAAUGCCUACUAGGACAACCCGCCACAGAAGAGGCACUCAGCAACCAAGUAAACAGACUUGGUCAGUUAACUUCAGCACCUGCAGUCCUCAGCUAUCCCAGUACCGGCAUAAUGGGCUCACAUACAUAGUCGUGUCCCAGGUUUGCAGGUUAGCAAGAGGCCAACAGCAUGGCUUCCACUCACCAAGUGGCCAGUCCCUCAUGUUCAACCCUGAGCCCUUGAUACAUCAUCAUCCCUCAAGGAAACUAAGCAGCUACUUGGUAGCAAGUUGAUUACACUGGACUCCUAUCCUGGAAGGACAGUGAUUGACCCUGACUAGAAUCUUUUUGUCUCCAGGUAUGAGCCUACCUUUCCUGCCCACAAGAUGGUGGCCAGACUGCUUACCCAAGGGUUUACAAGUGUUUGAUCCAUCAAUGUGUAUCCUGCAUAAUAUUGCUUUUGACCUAGGGACCCACUUUACAGCAUAGGACCCGCUUCGGUGGGCACAUGACCAUGAGAUUCAUUGGCCCUAUACUGCUCUGAGUCAUACUACAGAACCUAGAAAAUGCUGGCCUGAUGGAGUGGUGAAAAAUCCUUCUGAAACUGCAGCAAAAGCUUGGAAGAUGUGAAGAUGGGAUGCCGUCCACCAGGACUCAGUAUACUAAAUCAAACUCAUUAUAUAGUGUCAUUUCCAGUAUAGAUAGAAUGUACAAGUCUGGGAAUGAAAAGGUAGAAAUAGAAUUCCAAAAUAUGUCCAUGUCCUGAUACCCAGAACCGGGAAUAUGUUAUUUUACAUGGUAAAAGGGACUUGGCAUGUGUGAUUAAUUUAAGAUGGGGAGAAUAGCCUUGAUGACCCAGGCAGGCCCAAUAUCAUCACCGAGGUCCUUGUAAGAGGGAGGUGGGAGCAAGUGGUAGGAGAUGUGAUAACUGAGGCAGGAGGAUGGAGGGGUGUAAGGAAGGGAUCAUGAGCUAAGGGAUGUAGGCAGCCUCUAGAUAUUGAAAAACGCAAAUGGAUUCCCUCCCAAAGCCUUCAGGAGAAGCACAGCCUCGUUGACAUUUUGAUUUUAGCCCUCUGGUUGCCAUAACUUAAGAGAAUAAAUUUGUGUUGUUUUAAACCACUAAGUUUGUGGUAAUUUGUUAUAGCAGCAGUAGGAAGUUAAUACACUGACUAGUCUCCAUUGACCCACGUGCUUCCCAUCCCCACAACUCUGUGAGUCUAGAGGGCUGGUUCCUAACAGGGAGCCCUUUCAUCAGGGGACACAAUUAAUAGGUCCAUUAAAUUUUACCUACUGAGGUUUCCCAGUAAUUUUAGGCUCCUUGUGCGAAGAGAACAGGCAAGAAAGAGUUACCAUCCUGUUUGGGGUACUCAAAUCUGAUCAGGAGGAAGUGGAGUUAUUGACAAUGAGGGCAGAAAGGAAUGUAUUUCAUACUCAAUGCAUCCACUAGGGUGUCUCUUUGAUGCAUCCCUGCCCAAUAUCAGGAGUAAAAUGGGCAACUUCCAAAAUGGCAAAAUAAGGACCUCCGAAAACUGGCUCUUCCAUAAAAGUAAUGAUAACACUGGUGUCAAAAUCAACCUUUUCAGAAUUCUAGAAACUAAAGGCAACAAUCUAAGGAGCGUUUAUUCAAGGAAAACAGCUAAGUCUUGAUUAAAAAGGGGAGCUUCUGGUGUUUUAACUUGCUCUAUUCCCAGCUCCCCACCUCUUAACACAAUGUUAAAUUGUUCCUAAUUUUAAGGAGAAUGCCUCUAGUGUGUUUCACCAUUCAGUUAUACACUGUCCUUUGUUAAGUAGUAUCCAUAGAGUCCCAUUAUAGUGCUAUUUUAUAAAAGCAUCCUUUUCCCACUGCACUGUAGUGUCACUUUUAUGAUAAAUCAGGUGACCGUAUACGUGUGGUGCUAUUUCUAGACUUUCUCUUCUGUUCCAUGGGUCAGUUUUUCUGUCCAUGUACCAAUACCAUCUUGUCUAAAUUAGAGCCUUAGAAUAGGUCCUGAUAUCUGAUACUGUAAAUCCUUCAACUUUGUUAAGAUUGCAUUAGUUAUUCUUGACCUUUUGCAUUUUCUUAUGGAUUUUAAAAUUGGCUUGUCAAUUUUAGGAAAAAAAAUCCCGUUGAGAUGUUUUUUGGGGGAGGAAUAACAUUGAACCUAUAAGGUAAAAUUGACAUCUUUGCAACAUUGCAUCUUCGCAAUAUUGCAUCUUCCACCUUGAAGCUUUUAUUCUGUUCAUUUGGGUGUAGCUAUGAAAUGAGAAGUAAUUAUCAGAAGCCUGGGUGACAGGAUCCUGUCCAGGGUGAAGGAUCCUAUAUUUCCAAUCUGUCAGCAGGAUACUGUAUCCAUUUCCUCUGGGCUCCCUGCCUGGACAGAUGUUUUUAACUUAGUAUUAUUUGCACUCUUCCUCUCAGCAGUAUUUCAUCCCUCAUUAUUCUUAACUUAUAUGACUUAUAUGACUUAUA